UCGUCAGGUGGUGGUGCCUGCAACGGACGCCCGCCAGUCAGGAGCGGGCUGAGCAGGUUGGUGGCCUUGUGGACGCGGGAGGAGAGGCCGGAGAGCGAGCGGCAGCCGCCGAGGCCGGGGUGAGGGAGCCGUGGUCAGCCGCGCCGCUGAGGGUGAGGAGGAGCUGCAGCCCCGGCGCGGGGAUAUUAGAGAUGGCUACACCCCAGUCAGUUUUCGUCUUUGCAAUCUGCAUUUUAAUGAUAACAGAAUUAAUCCUAGCCUCAAAAAGCUACUAUGAUAUCUUAGGUGUGCCAAAAUCUGCAUCAGAGCGCCAAAUCAAGAAGGCCUUUCAUAAAUUAGCCAUGAAGUACCACCCUGACAAAAAUAAGAGUCCUGAUGCUGAAGCAAAAUUCAGAGAGAUUGCAGAAGCAUAUGAAACGCUCUCAGAUGCUAAUAGGCGGAAAGAAUAUGAUGCAGUUGGACACAGUGCUUUUACUAAUGGCAAAGGACAGAGAGGUGGAAGUCCUUUUGAGCAGUCAUUUAACUUCAACUUUGAUGACUUAUUUAAAGACUUUAAUUUUUUUGGCCAGAACCAACAAAACACUCGUUCUAAGAAGCAUUUUGAAAAUCACUUCCAGACACGCCAGGAUGGUUCCAGUAGGCAAAGGCAUCAUUUCCAGGAGUUUUCCUUUGGAGGUGGAUUGUUUGAUGACAUGUUUGAAGAUAUGGAGAAAAUGUUUUCUUUUAGUGGCUUUGAUAGCACUAAUCAACACACAGUACAGACUGAAAAUAGAUUUCAUGGAUCUAGCAAGCACUGUAGGACUGUCACUCAACGAAGAGGAAAUAUGGUUACUACAUACACUGACUGUUCAGGACAAUAGUGGUUCUUUUUCUUUUCUCUAAGCCCACAUGUUUGAUACAGAAACAGUUUUCUGUUAACUGUUUUGACAAAUGCAUGAUUUCAUUUACUUUAAGCAGUUUGAUAGUGCUAUUACAUAUAUUUAAAUUGUUUUGACAAAUUCAACCACAUUCAGUUUGUACACAAGUCUAACGAUUAAUUUUCCUGAUUAGAAAAGUUUCUUUAAAAAAAAAAAAAAUCUUUUUCUCCCCCUUUACUUGUCCUUGGGCUCAUUAAUUUGGCCAACAAAACAAGCAAAACCUCCAAAGGCAAAAGAGUCAGUUUGCCUGAUUAAAUAUUUAAAGAUUAAACUUUGAACGUUACUGUAGACGUAAAUUGUGUGAUCUUGAAUAAUUUUUGCAGUGAAACCUUUGCUAAUUUAAAAUUGCAUGCUCUGUAGCAUCUGUGAUUUGGGUUGCUAAAUGUAUAUGAAACUAGUUGAGUCAUUCAGUGAGGGAGACCAGUGCCUGGUUAAUUGCCACUGAAAAUUUUAGAAAGUGGUGGUUUGAUAUUUGAUAUUUACCACCAAAUGAUGCCUUUUCUAUGAUAGAAUUGGUAUAAAGAAAUGAUUGUAUUGCUCAUAGUUAUGCUGAAAAAAGUUGAAAACUUAAAUAUUGCCAAGAGAUUGUGUGUUUAGUCCCUGGCUAAUGAUUUUGUAGGACCAAAAUCAUAGCUAUUUAAACAUCUUUUUACAUUUCUUUCUUAGCUUGUUGACUCUCUAAGUCUUAUUAUGAAUUUAUGUGGUUUGUGUGUGGAGUUCCUGUUUGCACUUGUCUUUAACUAGAGAUUGACUAAUACCUCAUUCUUUUUGUAAAAGCAGCCAGUAAUUUCUGUGCAACCUUGUUAUGUGCAAUAUUUUUAAAUCCUGAGAAAUGUGUGCUUUUUUGUUGUUAGAGUUAUUUCUUUAGUUCUGCACUUUUCCACAUACUCCAUAUGAGUAUUAAUCCUAUGGAUGCAUAUUAAAACUAGUAAUGUCUCAUGCAAUAUUGUGUGUGAGUGAGAAAAAUAUAAAUAUUUACAACCUGA